AUGGCCGACCAUCUCACCCAGGUAGCCGCCUUGGUUACACCUACACUUCAGCGUCACAACAAGAGACGCCGCUCGACAUCAAUUGCGCCAGAGCAAGCUGUUUUCCUUCCUGGCGCCGGCCCAUCGAACGAUGAGAACAAUCCGACAACCACUCCACACGGACAGCGCCACCCUGACGACACCACUAUACAUAAGCGCACGAGGAAAGCCCAUGGGUCCAAGCGCCGGCGUAUUGCUGGCGACUUCAACCCCGUCCACGGCCCUGGUUCCCCUCGUUCAUCCGACCUGAAAGAGGCGCGAUCACAGAUUGCGCCGACUGCAAACCCAUCAAGCAUUGAUCCCGUCUCAGGCGGAGAUCAACCCCCCAAAGACAUCACCGCCGUCCCUGUCGAUCAUACACCAUCUCAACCCAACCCCAUUAUCAACAUUCCGAAGCAGACUCCCCAGAUACCAGGUGGAGACCGCAAGAAGAAGUUUAAAGUCUGGGAAGACGAUCCGCAGCCGUCUAAGCCCAAAGACCCAACACCAGCCGCCGCAAAGUUGCUGCAAGAGACCGCCAAUACCGGAGCUCAACGCAGGUGUCGCCGCAUAGAGGGGUAUACGCCGCGGUUCCGCGCGCAAGAGGCUGAUUACUAUUAUCAUCCCAAUCUUCAGGACUUCCAAUUUCCACAGGGCGUCGUCGCAUCCACCAAGGAGGCUGUCGAAGAAGCGGCUCAGAGUGAACAUAACGCACCCACUACCAGAGCGACACAGAAUACCAAAGAUGCUCAGCCAGAGGUUGCACAGUCAUUGAAGCGGAAAGCCGAUGACGAUCUUCGGGAGCGUGGUGCAGAGAAGCUGAGGAAGCUUAACGGUCAACAGCCUUUGCCUUGGAUAGUCCAUGGCAAGAUCCGACAUGAUCCAGUCCAAGACUUUGAGACUGAUUACUUCACCAUAUCCACACCGUCGCUACCCUCAGAGCCUGUGGAAGAUGUGGUCAACACGGCAGAACCGGAUCAAUCCCGGAAAGAGAUUGAUGCAGCGCUUGAGACGAUUGAAGCGCAACAGUUGCCAACACCCAUCUCCGAGCCCGUAUCCAACGAGGUGCUGUCACCUCCUAUAUACUACAACCUGAACCCAUCCAGCAUAGUCCAUGCACCGGGGAGCGAUGAGCCAGCCCUGGACAAACUAGAGUCAGGAUCUCUGGACCUGGAUGCUAUCUUGAUGGGAAUGACACAAGAUUAUAGAUUGCCCACCGUCGAGGAAGAUGUUUUUAAAGGAUUCGGUACCUACAAACCACCGAAACCACAAGGUGAUGAACUCACGGCCGGCAAAAAGGCUGCAUUCGCUGGCUUUGGUACCUACCAACCACCGCCACAAGUCGUUGCUCCUAUAUCUCCAGCGGUCAAGAAAGACGCAUUUAAAGGGUUCGGUACCUACAAAUCACCGCCACCGGAAGACAAGGAUUUCCCCGUCGUCAACAAAGAUGCAUUCGAGGGAUUUGGUGUUUGCCAACCACCACCAAAAAUCGUUGCGGCUGCAUCUCAGCCCGCUCCAAAGAUUGUGGCCACAGUUCCCUCUCUGAUAGACAGGAACAGUCACGCUAUCAUCAAAACGGGUGUAGCCUACAGCGAAGGCUAUGACCCAGGAAACCCGCAGAACUUCAAACACUACCUCGCUCAGUUCACCGAUCGACCUGCGGUUCCGCGACCACGAGAGCGCGAGUAUCGUCCAAUGCCAGAGAUAUUGGAAGUCGAGACUCUGAACCAGCGAUUAGACUGGGUAGUCCCGAAUGGUGCAGAAGCGCCCGAACUCUUCCGGGAGAUGCCAGCACCACCACCUCACAUCGACUCAGAGUUAGCUCGUUGUGUUCGCUUCGCCCAGUCCGACGCGCAAAGACACGUCAACUGGCGAGCGCAUCCCACCCACGUCGCCGAAAUCAUCCAGCGCACCAAUUUCUACGGAAUGGAGUUGCUGGUCAGUCGGAGCGAAAUGCGCAUCUCGUCACCUCCGACGGCAGACGAGUUCGAGCUAGCCAUGGCUACUCGGCUGGCGAAUAUAUCUUUCGGCAUGGACACGAAGGACUACAUUGCGGCCGAUGUGCCGGCUAUCAUAGAGUACUUCUCGGAGAAUCUUCCAUCGGCGAUAAGCGUCUUCCCAACAGAAGAGGAAGACUGCUUCCGCGCCUUCACGGACUAUUAUCGCGUGAUGUUCGAAGAGAACUAUCCACCGCUGAAUGCUCUCGGCUUGCCAGAAUGGCAGGUCUUAUUAGAUGCGGAGGAGGGCAAGCCCUCUCUCAAAGCACAAACCUUACAAGGCAUCGUCCAGUCCAUCAAAGGACUGGCUUCACACUGCCCUGACGAUGCAGACGGGACAAAGAUCCUAAGAGAUGAGGCAUCUCACGAGAAGCCUGACACGGGAAACGAGCACCUCGGGAACGCUCGCCGGGAACUUGGCCAAUCUCUUGGUGUGGGUAGGAACAGCUUCGACGGAGACCUACAGUGGCCCGAUCAGCUGAUCAACGCCUCUUUCCCUAGCGUGGCUCAGAGCGAGCAACCGCAGCAUUACGAUGCAAACUCAGCUUCUUACUGGAACAACGCGGAAGUCACAGGAGGAUACGUCCAUCCUUUUGUACCCGAAGCAGAUGCAAGGAUUGAAGAUGUGCACGGCGAUUACCACGACCCAGAGGGCUGGUCUCGCACUGAUUCGAAUGUGCUGAUACCAUGGGACUCUGGGAUGGAACCCAUACCAUCAGGCUUCAGCGCUCCAUUCGACUAUGGUCCUACAGGGGAAUACUUCAAUCCGUCAGCAUUCGGCGCGUUCAACGACGCGGAGCCGGAAACAUUGCUGUAA